CCGCGCCGCGUCUUUCCGCGUUCGCGAAUUAUUCACUCACGUAAGACACUGCCUAAGUGAUUGAGCCCUCCAAUGGCGGAACUUCUUCAGCUUACGCGGCUAGUGUGACUAGUGAAACACAAAUAAAUAAUUGAAUAAGAAUAAUUUGAUUUUUUACCAAAGUUAUUUGGGUAGGUAAUUAAAUAGCUUCCUAAAGUGCAUGUGUUUGUUGCAGAUAUGCUUCAGUCGUUGUUGCAACCAAGGGAUAAUCAGCGGCUGGCGGUGCGCCACGAGCGUCGGCGGAAUGAGAAGAGAGGCGGCGGACGGCGGCCGUCCCAGCUACCACUGCAGUUGGGAAGACCGGGGGAAGGCGAGCCCACGCCCUCACCAGAUCACCACAGACCACUAGCAGAGGUUAUAUGCAGCAAGUUGCUGGCCCUCCACUUCGUAGUGGGCACCCUCCUCCUGGGCAUCGUCAUCAUGGUGGUGGGAGUCGUGCAGCUGUCUCCAGGAGCUGAGGCAGCCCAACACCGGUAUUACCUGAUGGGGACAGGAGCCGUUCUCAUGAGUGCUGGAGUGCUGGGGUGUGUUCUCAGAUGUAUUUUUCUCCACUGGCACAAGAAAUAUCGGGAGGACCAUCGCGAGCCGGCGCACAAGAACGGCGUGUCCACCGUCGAGGCCGGCCACGACAAACACGACAAACAUGUCGCCCACGACAAGCAAGUCGCCGACAAACAUGUCGCCGAUAAACACGUCGCCCACGACAAACAUGCGCCCGCGCACGCGCACGACAAGAAGCUGAAGAGUCAGGCCAGUGUCGGGCAUGCCGAGGUGUUGAUCAAACAGCCGUCUGCCGCUAGCGACACCUAGAUCUAGAUUAAGAUCGACCACUAGAUUAUCUAGGAUAAGUGCUGCCCGAGAGCGGGUUUCGCUUUUUGAUACUCAACUAAAAUGUUGAUGCAUUUGGGCUUUUGACACGUAGACUUUAAUCUUGACCGGCAUUCAGAGCUGCAAAAUCUGUUAUCGAUGUACGAAUAUAUACUUGCAGCGCAUCUUGCCAGCACUAAACAAAAUGUAAGAACGAAAUGCACGGCCGAAUCGCGACAAAAUACAAUCAAAUUCGAGUCAAUUUGGGAGUUCCAAAUAGCCUCCUAAAUAAAAA